AUGAAACAUAGGGCUGAUACUGAGCAACGACAAGAAUUGAAUGUACUGACGAAUGUAUUAAGAGCAAGGCAGGAACUGGCACUAGCCAUCUCCACCCAGCCUACUCAUCUUCAAUGUGGAACUGUAAGUAACCCGACUGGAUACAACGAAGACGCAACGGGCGCAUAUAUUGAAAGCAUUGAAUGA